AAGAGCUGUCUCCCUUAGAUUUCAGUAUUUUUAGCCUUACUCUAGUGAUUCCUAACAUUCGGUAUUUAUUUAUUCUUCGAUUAUUAAUUGCAGAGCGAGAAAACUCGUGACAUGAAUCUAAGUGGUAAACGUGUUUUUUUGACUGGUGGUGCAAGAGGCAUCGGCCGAGGAAUUUCUGAAGCUUUACUUUCUAAAGGUGCAAUGGUAAUGUUUUGUGACAUAAAUCCAGGGACAGGUAAACAGACAGAGGAAGAACUUCAAAAGCAGUACAGUUCAGACAGUGUUAGUUUCAUAAAAGCCGAUGUGGCUGAUUCUCAGCAACUGAAAGCAGCAUUUGAGGCAGCGGUAACCAAAUUUGGAGCAGUGGAUAUUCACAUUAACAAUGCAGGGAUACUUGAUCAGCGAAUAUGGGAGAGAAUGUUUGCAGUGAAUGCUAUCGGCACCAUCCGUGGAUGUCAAAUAGCCCUGGAACAUAUGCGCCGUGACAAAGGAGGACAUGGUGGUGUCAUCAUGAAUGUGGUAUCUAUGGGAGGACUGGGUUCAUCUUACUGGUUUCCUGCAUACACUGCCUCCAAACAUGCUGUCAUUGGAUUUGUCAACAGCUGGGCUGAAAGUCCUUAUCAGCCCCAGCAUGGUGUUAGAUGGGGUUGUGUCUGCCCAGUGUCUGUUGAUACUGAGAUGCUGAACAUGGAAGAAAACCAGAUCUAUGACUUGAGCGAAAACCAGAAGCAUACAGCAACUCAUAAAGUGCAGAUAAGCGAUGUCGUCGACGCUUUUAUGAAGCUGGUCCAGGACGAAAAUAGCAAUGGUGCCUUGAUGGAGGUCUCCAGAGAAAACAACGGAGUUUACUGCCGGCGACAGCUUGUCUACAUGAACAACGUGUCACCACCUUGCUUCAUGGAUAAUCUUCCGUUUCCGGGUCAAACUUGAAACUUGCCAGCUCCAAUUUUCAAGCAGGAUAGUGAAGAUGACGAACAUAAAUGCGGACUGCCAUUGUUUGCAAAAAAGACCAGUUGAAAGGAACAGCGACAACUCCACAUCAUUUUGUCUCCCUUUGUUGAUGUUAGUGAGGUGUGUACUGUGUUUGAGUCUGUAGUACCUAUGUCGCUGACCAUGCGCUUUGGUGUGCGUGCUUGUCUGCAAGAUAUUCAUUUAUGCCUGUGUUUUUACUCGUGGGUUUUGGAACAUUAUAAUAUCCACGUUGCCUUUAUUUUUAAAAUGGCAAAUAAUAUCAUGAAAGUCUACAUUCUGGUUUUUAAGAGAAACCUGUUUCAGCUGUAAAACAUUCGUUUAUUUCAUUCGUUUGCUUUAUUUUAUGAACAUUUUUUCAUUUAAAGAAAACUUUCAAGCAAACAAAUUUUUGAAAUCGUUUGGAGAAAUAUCACGGAAAAGGUAAAAGCAUGCCUUGCAUUUUCAGUGAGUCUUAGGCUUUAAAGUUGUCAGACUGUCGUUAUAAUUUUUCUUUCUUCAGUCUUUGUCGAGGAGAAAUAAACAUUGUAUUUGUCGUAUAUUUGGGACCUGGUGGUCCGCUUUUGUCUUACCGCACAUUAAAAAAGCUUCGAGCAGUAAGGUACCACGAGGCUGCACUCUGACACCGUCUGUGACCCAGUAAACAGCUAGUAUACGCCACUUUAAGGCGCUAGAUGGAUGCUUAUAAAAUAUUAGCAAUUAAAAUGCUAGCAGUGUACUAUGCA